GAAAUGACAAAUUUGUUAGGAUGGUGAAGUUCAUACACAGGACUUGGAUAAUUAAAAGAAAUUUGCAAACUUUUGCAAAUUAUUUAAAAAAAUUUCCAUUUCAAUGAGACGUUUAACCCAUCACAUUAGUGGAAUUACGUAGUACCUCCGCCGGUAGCAAUAUUAUCACAAAAUUAAUUAGAGUGUAUAUACAUACAUCCGUAUGCAAAUCAAGGGCAUAGCCAGAAAUCAUCUUGACAGUGCGUUGUGCAAGUUUCUGGUGAUGAAAAUUAUUCGUAAAUUUACAAAUCUCGCAAAACUACUAAUUUUGAUAUUAAUAUUUACAUAGAUUUCUGUAUUUUCUCUUGCCCGUGGUAGUAAGGAUGAGUUUGCGAGGUACUAUGCCCAAUUGCUUCGUAAAUUGGCGAAAAAAAUCUUAUAUUUUCCCACCAAAAUUCUUUCGAAUUUGGCAAAUUUCGAAAAACCUGGCAAGUUAUGAGGCUAUGCCCAAUUUGCGAGAUAUGCAAAGGUUAACUCGAGUACGCUUAUUAUUUUUGAGAGUGUAUACAUAUGUAUAUACAGACGUAUGUACGCAUGAAAGUCAAAGGCAUUACGCAGUACGAAUUACUGAUGAGGAAAAUUGUUCCUAAAUUGAUAAUUAAAAUCUCGUUAUCUUUGUAAAUCCAACAAAAAUAUGUGUAAUGAUGUCUGAUAAACAAGUAAUUGUUCCACCAGCACACUAUUUUCCGACUCGUUGAGACUAGUCAAGGUUUCAGCUUCGUUCCAUAAUUUUGAAAUUAAGCUAGCAGCAAAUUAUUUUGGACAGCUUAUAAAUAAGUGUCUGCCAUUCAUUCCUCUUGCAAUGGAGUCCGAACACAGAAAUAAUCAAUUGGUUCGAUUGAAGUUGGAAAUUGCAGAACAUGGGAGCCUUUCUCGCUUCCAACAUAUUUUUGACGACCCUCUACUCGUUGGAUUCCUCCGUGGGAAGAAGUUCAUUGUACGCGAUGCUUUGGAAUGUCUGGAACGGUACAUCAUUAUCAGGACUGUAAAACAUGCCCAAUUCACGAAAAAAUACUUGCUUCCGUCAAACGCCACGAUUUUGGAGAACAGAGGGAUCAAUAUCUUGCAGCGGUUGGAUCAUAACGGGAGAGCUGUCGUAUUUGGACAAACUAAAUUAUGGAACACUAAAACCCACACCUUGUACGACACCAUAGCCGAGCAUGUCUUCAUUGUUGACGAAAUGCUUCGAAGCUACUUGAAGGCUACGGGAAGCAAUGAAAUCGUCCUCGUCAUUAACUUUGAUGGGUGGACGGUUGGUCAAGCGAGUCAGGUCACGCCCAGGGCUGCCAUGUUAAACCUGGACUUUAUUUUGAAAAGUGUCCCCAUUCGACCCGCAGCAAUCCAUUUAAUUAAUGGCGGAUCAUUGAUUGAGUUGCUGGUACGACUUGUUAAGAAAUUCAUGCCAGAGAAGAUUGCAAAUCGGAUUUUUGUUCACUCCAAUCUUCCCCAGCUUCAUGAAUAUUUGUACCCUACAAUCCUGCCAAAAUCGCUGGGAGGUGAGCUGGAAGAUGAGGAUGCUUUCCAAAGCGAGUUACCUGAUAGGAUUCGUGGGCAGGAGGAGUUUUACCGGAAACUAAUUCAGUUUACCGAUUGAAUUACUUAAUUUUAGGAUUAAUUUCAUUCUCUUAAUAUGUAUUUAUUUUAUGCAGCCACCUUAGCAUAAAUAUUUUUGGGCUCAUUUAACACAUCAGGAUUGUAAUAAAAUUCCUUUAUUCAUCCAUU